CAGGUUCACAAUCAGAUUCCUUUGUGGAUCGGAAACCCACUUUUUACGCGUUUCAUCUUUGUGAGGCUGAUGUCGGUGCAGGGCGUAUGCAAGUCCUUUAAUGGUGCCAAAGGCUGGGGCUUCAUCGACUUUGGCGGCACCGACAUCUUUGUCCAUAUCAAGGAUUGCUUGGGAGAUAAGCAGCCAACCCGCGGAGACCUCUUGAGCUUCGACAUGGAACAGAAUAAAAACAAACCUGGCCAGAUGCAAGCAAAAAACGUCGUUGGAGGCUCUGCGCCGCGCGAGCCCUUGGGCGGAUGUGGAGGAAUGAUGGGUAUGGACAGUGGUUGCGGUGGUGCACCACAAUUCCAGCCCAUGGGACAAGCCAUGGGACAAGCCAUGGCACAGCCGGGUCAGCCCAUGGGACAAGCCAUGGCGCCGAUGGGCAUGGAGGGCUAUGGCCUGCCGGCUGUGGCACCCAUGGGGCAGCUGCCGCAGAUGGCUCAGAUGCAAGCGGCCACCACUCUUCCUCAAGUGGGGGUGACCAUGCCGGCCACAGUGACACACGUGCCAGGCGCAGUCUUGCCCUCCGGAGUGCGUCACCAAGGGGUGGUCAAGGCUUGGAACACUGAGAAGGGCUUCGGCUUCGCCAACGUGGAAGGUUACGAUGAUAUCUUCGUCCACAUUGUGGACUGUGUCGACAAUCAACGGCCAGUCGUGGGAGAUGUGUUGACCUUUGAGACGGAAACCAGUCAAAAGAAGGACGGCACGCAGAAUAUGAAAGCCAAGAAUGUCACAGGUGGCACAGGUGGCUUGCACGUUCACAAGCAGGGCGGCAGCUUUGGACCCAUCGGAAUCAGAGAAGGCGGAUCUGGAGCUGGACCCUAUUCAGGCGCCCCAAAGCCCCAAAGCGUCACUCUGCCGCCAGUGGGCGCGGAUGGACGAUACCAAGGUGUCAUGAAGGCUUGGAAUUCGGAGAAGGGUUUCGGCUUCUGCUCUUUAGACGGCAUGGCCAAUGAUAUCUUCGUCCACAUUGCGGACUGCAUCGGCACCCAGCCCCAGGUUGGAGACGUAGUUAGUUUCGAGACGGAGCCAAGCCACAAGAGGGAUGGCACCACCAACUUCAAAGCCAAGAAUGUGACUGGUGGCAGUGCAGCCCUGAAACACUUCCCGGGUGGUGGUGGCGACCGAAAAGUGGAGGAAGCUGCCACUUUGACCGCUGGGGCCCUGGAUUUAGCUGCCCUGCAACUGCAGGGUGCGGCCUUAGGUGCCCUGCCCCAGCUGCAGCUGGCUGGGCUCCAGGGCUUGGGCUUCCAGGUGCCUGGCCUCGGGCUCGGGGCUGAUCCCACUCUGCUGGGCAUGGCCGGCAUGGCUGGGAUGGGUCUGGUGCCGGGCGUGGGGCAAACGGCGCCGGAGGCGGCUGGACAGGUGUAACGUGGAAGGAAAAAAA